AUGGCGCCCCAGCUGGAGCCCUUUUUCAAGCAGGUCGACGAGUCGUCCGAGAGCUUCAUUGAUCGUCUGCGCAAGGCAGUUGCGAUCCCCUCUAUCUCAGCCCAGGAUGAGAACCGAAAGGAUGUGUUCCGCAUGGCCCAAUUCCUUGCGGACGAACUGACUGCGCUCGGUGCUGAGGUCGAGCAAAGGCCGCUGGGCAAGCAGCCCGGCAAGGAGCACCUCGAUCUGCCUCCCGUCGUCGUUGCCCGCUACGGUAACGACAAGAACAAGAAGACCAUCCUGGUCUACGGCCACUACGAUGUGCAGCCCGCUCAGAAGGAGGAUGGCUGGGCUACCGAGCCGUUCGAGUUGACCAUCGACGAGAAGGGCCGCAUGUAUGGCCGUGGAUCUACGGAUGACAAGGGCCCCGUUCUUGGCUGGAUCAAUGUGAUCGAGGCCCACCGCAAGGCCGGUGUUGAGCUGCCCGUCAACCUGCUCUGCUGCUUCGAGGGAAUGGAGGAGUAUGGAUCCGAGGGCCUGGAUGACUUCAUCCAGGCUGAGGCCAAGAAGUACUUCAAGGAUACCGAUGCAGUGUGCAUUUCGGAUAACUACUGGCUGGGCACUGAGAAGCCCUGCCUGACCUACGGUCUUCGUGGCUGCAACUACUACUCCGUGAGUGUCUCGGGUCCUGCCCAGGACCUCCACAGCGGUGUCUUCGGUGGCUCUGCUCAUGAGCCCAUGACCGACUUGGUGACCGUCCUGUCGAAGCUGGUGGAUCCUCAGGGUAACAUUCUGAUUCCUGGCCUGAUGGACCUGGUUGCUCCUGUUACUGAGGACGAGAAGUCGCUCUACGGCAACAUUAGCUACACCAUGGAGAACCUGCACGAGUCCUUGGGCAGUGAGACUGGUAUCCAUCCGAACAAGGAGCGCACUCUGAUGGCCCGCUGGCGGUACCCGUCCCUGUCCAUUCACGGUAUUGAGGGCGCUUAUUCCGCUCCUGGUGCUAAGACGGUCAUCCCCGCCAAGGUGAUCGGCAAGUUCUCCAUUCGCACUGUGCCCAACAUGGAGAGUGAGGAUGUCAACAAGCUGGUAUUCGACCACAUCAAGGCUGAGUUCGCCAAGCUCAACAGCAAGAACAAGUUGGAUGUGUGGCUGCAGCACGAUGGCAAGUGGUGGGUUGCCAGCCCCAAGCACUGGAACUUCAGUGCCGCUAGCAAGGCCGUGCAGCAGGUGUUUGGUGUCGAGCCGGACAUGACCCGUGAAGGUGGAAGUAUCCCCGUCACAUUGACUUUCGAGCAAGCCACUGGCAAGAACGUCCUCCUGCUCCCCAUGGGCAGCUCUACCGAUGCUGCUCACUCGGCCAACGAGAAGCUGGAUCGCCGGAAUUAUAUUGAAGGAACCAAGCUGCUAGGCGCUUACUUGCACUACGUGGCUGAGGAACCCGCGACGCAGUAA